AUGUCACACCUCCAAUACUUUUCCUACAAAGGAGUCGGCGAGCGCAACUUGAGAGGACACGGAUAUCAACAAGCCGUCCGCGUUGGUGACCGUAUUGAAGCUUCAGGACAAGGUGGUUGGCACCCAGAGACUGGUGCCUACAGCGACUCUGUCAAGGACCAGAUCGAGCAAGCUUUUGCCAAUGUAGAUUUGUGUCUUAAAGACGCUGGCGGCAAGGGUUGGUCGCAGGUCUAUCGCGUCAAUAGCUAUCACCCGAUUCUCGACGAUGACGUUUUGAAGAUCAUGGCGGACAAUUUCAAGAAGUGGAUGCCGGAUCAUUCGCCAAUCUGGACAUGUGUGGGCGUGAUGAAGCUGGCAGAGGAUAAGAUGAAGGUGGAAAUCGAGGUUGUUGCGCAUGAUCCCAAAUGA